AUGCUUCGACGGAAGUCUCGUGACGAGGCCGAGGAUGCCACCCCUCGCCAAAUGAGGAGAAAGUCGCCGUCGUCGCUGUCGUCAAGCAAGCAGCUGCCGGCUGCACUCUGCCCACCUCAGAAUGGCUCAUGGGUCCAGCUGCCCCCGUGUGAGGUCGGGGUUUUUUAUCAGUGUGACAGCAACAACGUGGACGAUAGCUCUGAUGAGGCAUCAAUUGCAGAGUUGAGCGUCAAAGUUUUCCGUAGUCUCCCUCCAGAUGAUGCGGUUGCUUGUUAUACUCGUUUCUGCAACAAUGCAAAGGCUUGCAUCAAGCACUACAACACAAAGUACCAGGCUGACUUUGUGCACAAGCAUGAUCAUGGCUUUGGGCUCAUUAUUGUUGGAGAGCAAGAUGGCAGUGACUACUACCACCUAAAUUUUCAUGCUCGGGACAAGAAAUUAGGACACUCACAGCUCUUCUUCGGUGAGAUCAUGGCGUGUGUUGCGCCUAAAGAGGAGGAUGUCACUUGUUGCCAUCCCGUUUCACCUUCUGAUGUCGGCGGCAAAUGUAUCCAAACCCUUGAGGAGAUGAAGGACUAUGUAUUCCCACCUUUGGGAACAGCAGGUAUGGAUAAAGAGUACUGCUAUGGGUGUCCUCCUACAAUGAAGCACCCAGAAGGGACACGCUAUGUUGCUGGCCACGUCGCUGAUUCUCGACACUACUAUAUGCCUAGCCCCGACCCCGAUCCCGAUGACUGA